UCCCUCGUCGCAUAAUAAUUAUUUAGUUUGUUACAAGACACGGUAGAGUGAACAAUGGAGCGCGCUGUGUUGUUACUUUUCAUCGCAUCUGUACAUUGUGCCGUAGAUUUUAGUGAAAGACCGAGAAAUUUCAGCAUAGAACUUGUGUACCACACUGCCCAACAAACUGGAGGUCAUGUUGUGAUUUCACCUUUCGGGAUAUGGACCUUGAUGACAGGUGUAGCUCUUGGAGCAACGGACAACAGUUAUCAACAACUGGCUAAUGCAUUCAUUCUACCUAAAAACAAAGCCAGUUUAAUUAAUGGCUACAAGAAAUUGACAGACGUCGUGCUUAAUCCCAACACUGAUGGAGUUCAAUUAACAAGUAAGAAUUUCGUUUUUCUGGACGAGAAUUUCAACGUGUUUCCGGACUUCAAGAGGACAGUGCAAAACGAUUUCGGCGCAGCGGUGAAAGUUUUAAAUUUCAAAGAUCCCAAUUCUGCGAAUGUCGCGAAUUCUUACAUAGAAACUUCUGGUGGAAGGGUGACGAACGUUUUGAGAUCUGACGACUUUAGAGAAUCGAGAAUGAUACUUACAAACGUGAUAUCUUUCAAAGGAUUAUGGUCUUCCCCAUUCAAUAAGUCUGAUACAGUCGUCGAGCCAUUUUACAACGAAGAAAAAACUGUAACAGGAUCUGUUAAUAUGAUGUAUCAAAAAGGACAAUUCCCUUAUUCCAACGUUAGAGAAUUACAAUCGUUUGUGCUUGAAAUCCCAUACGGCGACGACGGUAAAUACUCAAUGAUAUUUGUCUUGCCUUAUCCUAAUAUGAAAGUGUCUGAAGUGUAUAAGAACUUCGCAAAUUUCGGUCUCAAAGAUGUAUUCAAAACUCUUCAGAGAGAUGUCGAUGAGUACGGUUUAGAAGAUAUCGAUGUGAAGAUUCCAAGAUUCCACAUCACUACAAACGUUGUUAUGAACAAGCCGUUGAACGACAUGGGCGUUUACGAUAUCUUUCAGCCAGAUUCGGCAAGUUUUGAUAGAGUGACAAAAGAAGAUAUAUUCGUCUCGGCGAUUGUUCACAAAGCUGACAUAGAAGUGACGGAGACGGGAACAGUUGCAUCAGCUGCUACAUCAGCUUAUUUCGCAGACAGGAUAUCAUCGCCAAGCUUCUAUGCUAAUAGACCAUUCGUAUACUUCGUUAUAGAGAAAUCUACUACCACAGUUUUAUUUGGUGGCAUUUAUUCUAAACCUACCGUAUAUUAAUACAAUGCAAUAAUACUCGAGUGAUACUUCCUUAUUAUAUUUUUUGCGUGUUGAGCCAUUUUUGGCCAAAUCCGCUAUUGUUCGGAAGACUGAGUUAAUAAUUAGCGUUCCAGUCAUAAUAAUAUUUUAGUAUAAGACGUAUUUAUCUGCCAUUACAUUAUUUAAUAACAAAGGA